UCGUAUACCUUGUUUUGCUUCGAUUCUUGCUACGUUCGUAAAUUUAACAAAAUCAAUUGUAUUCAGUGUCAUUUUAAAAGAUCGUCAUUAAUAUUUCUGCUAAACUACUUUUACUCGCCCCUCUCCAUUAAAAAAAUUAAUAUACUCAUACAAUCAUACCUAUUCCUAUAUUUCUUCGUUUUGUGAUCACGAACAAGGCUUUUGAUAACAUUUUACAAAGUUUUUGAACAAAUUCGUCAACAUUAAGAGUUUAGAAGAAACGCAAAGUUUAGCCAAGAACUCCAAUUGCGACCCUGAAGGACUGGAUUUGACACCACGUGUCCUGGUCUCUCAAAGAAAUUAUCCGACCGCGUUUCCGAAGAAGCAGUGGGGUAAUAAUUGCCCACUAAACGAUUCAACCGGCGUGCUGAAUAGCAGCAAAGCAUUUCCUGUUGAUACCAGUCCCCGAACAGCCAGCACCAUUGAAGACUUAAUUAAAAAAUUUUCCAUUACGACUUUUAAUUUGGGCGACGAGAAGCCGGCAGGAGCUAACAAGAAUAUGAUGUCAAACGGACUGGAUAGUGGCGUCGGCCAACAAAAUGGUAGCAGCAAUAACGGAGGAGGACAGGAGGAAUCUAAGACUAACCUCAUCGUCAACUACCUCCCACAGACAAUGACACAAGAGGAGAUCCGCUCACUUUUCUCCAGUAUUGGAGAAGUAGAAAGCUGUAAAUUGAUCAGAGACAAAGUAACAGACAAAAAUUCGCCCCUUAAAGGAGCCGGAGAUGAAGUUCCUGGGGUUAUCACUAGUCCGUUGCUUACAGGGCAAUCGCUGGGCUACGGAUUUGUGAACUACCAUCGACCGGAAGACGCUGAAAAAGCUAUCAAUACUCUUAAUGGGCUAAGAUUACAAAAUAAAACUAUUAAGGUAUCAUACGCUCGGCCAAGCUCCGAAGCUAUAAAAGGUGCAAACUUGUAUGUAUCAGGAUUACCCAAAAAUAUGACCCAACAAGAUCUAGAAGCCCUGUUUAGCCCAUUUGGAAGAAUUAUUACAUCCAGGAUCCUUUGUGACAACAUUACCGUACGUCAAUUUGUCUCGGGGGCCGGAGAAAAUUUGCCUGGUCUUUCAAAAGGCGUAGGCUUCAUUCGCUUCGACCAGCGAAUGGAAGCAGAGCGUGCCAUCCAGGAAUUAAAUGGAACCGUCCCCAAAGGUUCAACGGAACCCAUUACGGUGAAAUUUGCCAACAAUCCAAGCAAUAACAACAAGGCCAUUCCUCCGUUGACGGCCUAUCUUACUCCACAGGCUACCAGGAGGUUUGCUGGACCCAUACACCAUCCCACAGGAAGAUUCAGGUAUUCACCGCUGGCCGGAGACAUACUUGCUAACUCGAUGCUUCCAGGCAAUGCCAUGAACGGUUCGGGCUGGUGUAUAUUCGUUUACAACUUGGCUCCAGAAACUGAAGAAAAUGUUCUGUGGCAACUGUUUGGUCCAUUUGGUGCGGUCCAGAGCGUUAAAGUAAUUCGGGAUCUUCAAACCAACAAAUGCAAAGGGUUUGGUUUCGUCACUAUGACAAACUAUGACGAAGCUGUUGUUGCGAUCCAGUCUUUGAAUGGAUAUACCCUUGGUAAUCGGGUACUGCAGGUCAGCUUCAAAACGAAUAAAAGUAAAACCACAUGAAGCGAAGAUUCGUUUUAGGCACCUACACAUCGGAACGCUUCUUUGACACUUUCCGCUCUUUUAAUUUAUUAUUUAUUUCUCGGGACAAAAGCCCGGGCAUCUAGGCAAUUUUGGCGGGAUGUAUCACGAAGCGUGCGGGUUGCAUUUUUCUGGGUAACCUACCGUUUGGUUCGUUAUGACUUCCUAAAUAGUAACGUUUUUUUAAAAGAGAUUUCUAACCAUCACUUUGCCUCAAAUAUGCUUCGUCUCAAGCACAAUUUCGCACAAGCGAUAUUCCUUUUGAAAUAUAGAAAGAAAUUGGUUAAUAAAUAAUCUGAAUUAAGACAGGAGUCAGUACGGACGAAGACGGAUGGUUAUCUGAAGAUUGUUCGUGCGGGUCCAGAGGGGGCGUUAAAUAGAACGUCCACUCAAAUUAUUUCUAGUACUUAAAAAACUUACGAAGCUAGUCAGAUGUGCAUUCGCGUUUCCUUUUAUGUAUUCAUUAAACGGUUUGAUGUUUUAAUAUUUAGUAAAGAGAAAAAUUACUAUAUUUGUGCCAUCGCUGUUUCAUACGCGAUCUAUAUGCUAUUACGUAUAUAUGUUUACGAGAUAGUAUUUGUUUAUUCAACAAAUUUUUUAUCACUUAAUUACUCUUACUUUGAUGUACCUACUAUUAGUAAUUUAUGUAUUUAAUUGUAGUAAUUAUGUGUAUCCUUAUAUUCAAGCUAGUCGCGAAAAUUGGCCACGGAAAUCACAGUAAUUUUAAUAAUCUUCAUUAAGGAAAUUUUCAUUAAAAAACAAAAACAAUGUCAAUAAAAUGAUUUUUCUUUAACUGUCAAAUUAAACUGCAUAGUUUUUGAUAUGUAAAUGUAAUUUUUUAAGUCUGGUAAACAUUAAAACAUUUGCCUUUAAAGUAGUAUUUAUAAAACAGUAACGAGCAAAGUAGCAUCAAACAAUCUCUUAAGCAUGGGGUUUUUGCAUAGACUAUUCUUAUUGUAUUUUAUUUUAUUUUACUUAUAGUCAGGGUAUACCAACAAAAAUCUUUACUAAAAAAAUUAUACCUUAUUUAUGUCAAAAAAUACACUUUGGGUAUAUUAAGUACGCUAUGAAACUACAUAUUUGUUAAUCCACUAAAGAAAAAUUCUAUAUCUAUUAACAAUGGAUUUAUUAUUAAAAAAAAGUAUUUGUGACUAAAUAUUGAUUUGAUAUUUAACAGGGACUAUUUAUAAUUGAAUUUCUUUCUCAUUAUUAUCUAAGAUAAUAAAGAUCUGAUUCUAACUGGCUUUCAGCAAUAAGCCACCCCAAAAUAUAUACUUUUAUAUUUAAAUAAAAGGUCCAAAUUUUUAUUAAAACAUUGUUUUAAAAAUAUAAUUUCAAAACUGUCGAUGCUGGAAUUAAAUCUAAAAUGUGUCGGAGCGGUAUGCUUUAAAAGUGUACUUUAUAGUGCCUUUUUGGUGCCUACGUGCCAAUUUAUAAUUAUUAUGUAUUCACUUAACUAUAUCACUUAACAGUUUAUGGACAAAAAUUGAGAGAAAAUAUUCAAUAACAUCACAUUUUCUAGAACAAGCAAAGUUUUAUAAUUCUAGAAGGUAUUUUUGAAGUUGAAUUUAUUUAGAAAAUAAAGAUGUUUUAAUUGUGACUUUUUAGGUUUGUGCUCAACGAAGAAUGCAUUUUGGGGGUUCUAUUCUUAAAUCAGUUAUGAAUGAGAUUUUUAUUAUUUAUUUGGAAUAGCUUGGCUUGCAACGAAACCUAUUCAUAACAUUUUAAAUAAAUUUUAUAACGUCGAAGCAUAACUACUUAUUCUGCGACAUUUAAAAGCAACCUACAUUUUAUAAUUGCUUAUGCAGUCGAUAUAAAGGUGGUCAUACGAAAGUUGGCCAAAAUGUUUAUUUUUGUUUUUUUUUUGUAUAAAUACGAAGUGAUUCGGUGGCCAUUCUUGCCUUUGUAUUCGUACUUGUGUUCGAAGCAGCCCAGAGCGUAAAGGGUUUCAUCUAGUUUUGUGAUAAGAUAGUUUUACUAGUUCUAGUAUCGCGGAAGCGCCGACUGACUUGUAAGUAACAACUUACGGUUACAGCCCUUGUCGCUUAGAGCAGCUUCUGUUUUAGACUAGUCAAUAACUAAACUGACCGUAAGUACAUAGUUAAUGACUAGCCUACUUUUGUGUGUUGUGUUUAGUUUGACAUUACUAUAUUUUUGAAGUCAGCUUUUAUUUGAGAAAAGCGUGGUUUUUGCUUGAAAUGCCAUCAAAUCUCGACGGCAAAGCUUUUGCGAGACCACAACCUUUUUUUAUUAUUAUUGAGUUAAACCCUUAUUUAUUUUAUUUGGUAAGUAAAGUAACUGCCAGGAGAAUUUUUAAUUUAUUUGUAUAAUUUAUAAGCUUAUAAUUUAUCAAUUUAUUUUGUUCUGGCUAUUUUACUUUUAGUUUCUAAAUUUUAAUUUUUUAGAAGACAGAUUAAAGUUUAUUUAUAAUUUC